GCUAUACGGGCACCCGAAAUAACCUCCGGUCUUGAAAUACGUCCGUGAAGAAAACGGGGCGAGUUUAGGGUUUUAAGUUGACGUUGUCGGACGACCCGUUAAACCCCGAGCUGGACGAUGUCCUGAACUCGACCUGAUGCUGCCGUGCAACGAUUUUGUCGCGGCCUCUGGCUUCGGAUUCCAGCUCUGAUUUUGCACCGAUUCGCGGGAUUGAAGUCUUCGCUGGCGCUUCUCGUCAGACAGAAUUUGGGCAGUGAUAAUUGAACUGAAGCGGUAUUGAGAGCUGGUGACCAUUUACAUGUUUGGCAGAUUGACCUUUAAGCUCUGCCUGCCGGACUUCAAGCACAAUGGCGGCAUUGAAGUCUGUCAAAUCAGUCAGUCCAGCUAAAAGGAAGCGUCAAGUUCCUGGAGAGGCUGCAUCUGAGAGCAAUGGGAAAUCGAAAUUUGGUGGGUUCAAGAAGGCAAAAAUGGGUGAGGGGUUUAAGUCCAAAUCUGAAGGAUUUAAGCCGAAAUCUCCUUCAUCGAAAUUCGUGAAAGGAAAGAAUUUCAGCGGAAAGGAAGCACCAGCGGGUGAGGGGAAAUUCAUCAAGAGUAAGAGUGGAAAACCUCCUUCAAAAUUUGAUAAGGCUGGAAAACCUGCUCCAAAAUUUGUGAAGAAGGAACAUUUUUCUUCUAAAUCUGAUGGUGACGAUACCGAGGGUGCAUCUUUGGGGAAUACUCAACCUGAAACACAUCUUGAUCGCAAGGCGAGAAAGGAGCUUGCCGAGCUGAGGAAGAGUCAACGUAGGCCCAAUUACGACCUGGAGAAGGAAGUCAAACGUAUGUGGGAAAAGUUGCGGCAGAGGGAUUUGGAGAAAGAAGAACGAACGAAGUUGGUGACACAAACCCUGACAAAGAUGAAAGGAAAGCUCAUGGAGAUGUCUACUUCUCAUGUAACUUCGCGAGUUGUGCAGUCGUGUGUGAAGCACUGCACGAAAGCUGAACGAGAUGUAGUUUUCGAGGAGCUGCGACCACACAUUUUGACCCUGACAAAGGAGCCUUAUGCUUAUCACAUCGUUCUGAGAAUGCUGGAUCACGCAUCUAAACCACAGCUACUUCAUAUCUUAUCAACACUUCAUGGCAAUGUCGUCUCACUCUUGCGACAUCCCGUCGGUUCCGCAGUUGUCGAGCAUGCGUAUCAAAUGGCCACUGGUCACCAAAGGCGAGAGCUGGUCUCGGAAUUUUACUCACCUGAGUUUCGACUUUUCAAAGGUGUUUCUGUGACCGAAUUGGACGGCGGAUUGAAAGAGUUAAUGGCGAAAGAGCCUGCGUCUAAGCAGAACACUAUGGUAGAGCACAUGAUGCUGAGUCUCCAACCUAUUCUGGAGAAAGGAAUCGUCGAUCACUCCAUAACACACCGUGCUCUGGCCGAGUACCUCACUGUCUGCAAAAGGAGCAUGGUGGAAGAUGUUGUGAAAAGUCUGACGGGCCCUCUUCUGCUACGAAUGAUCCACACCCGGGAUGGAGCAAGAAUAGCCGUUACUUGCAUCAACAUGAGCACUGCGAAGGAACGUAAGCUGAUCAUCAAAAGCAUGAAGGGACAUGUGAAGAAAGUAGCGUGCGACGAACACAGUAGCGCCGUUUUGAUGGCCAUAUUCGACUUGGUUGAUGAUACAACGCUCGUUUCGAAGGUUAUCAUCAGCGAGCUCUUGACGGACUUGAAGGAGACUAUAUCUCACAAGUAUGGCCGGCGCUCUGUUCUGCACCUCCUUGCACCUGGAGAAAGCCGAUACUUUCCGGUCGACCUCGUGAAACUUUUACAGCACCCAGCAGGAGUGUGCACUUUAACUCAAUUGGAGGAAGUUGCAACACCGAGCGAGGAGGUUGAACCUGCAUCGUCAAUCAAGAAGAAUAAAGACAAGAAGGCAAAGAAAGUGGACAAAGAUGUAGAAAAGGAAGCCGAACAAGAGGGGGAUAAUGAAGAUAUGGACAUCGAGGAUGGGCCGAAGGAAGUCAGGGGCGUGAGCAAAAAGGAUCCAGCUGUCCGUAGACAACAACUACUAACAGCUGGUGAUCUCGGCAAGAAAUUGGUAGAGACCUGCGCCGAGAUAGCGAAAGAACUUCUGCUAUCCCCCACAGGUUCAGAGGUCAUGUACGAGGUAGCCAUGGGUGGGAUUGAUGGAGUUCUUUGGAAAAUAGCCGCAGAACAGUUAGUAGCUCUUCACAAAGCUAUUGCUGAGCUAGUAGCCAGUGCUGAGGUGCAAAGCAGCGUAGAUGACAAGAACGUCAUGACGGAAUAUUUUUCGAGUCGCACUAUCCGCAGACUGAUAAUAAACUCUAUGGGUUCUCCUUUCGACAAGAAGACACCUUCAUUUGCCGGAACUUUUUACGCCGAUGCAUUGAAGGGAAAGUGCAAACUUUGGGCGAAAGAUCACAGUGCCAAGGUGAUCUCAGCAUAUACGAUUUGUAAAGAUUCGAAAGCUAAGAAGGCCGCAAAUGCAGAGAUCAAGAAACUUGUUGAUGCCGGGGUACUAAAGCAACAGGAAGAAAAAACCUAACUGCUUCAAACUAUUCCAAUUUUGUCCUAAAUUUAAUAAAUUAUUUUUCACAGCAUUG